AUGUAUCGGAAGUUGUCUAAGUUAGAACACUCGGAAAUAAAACAACUUCUUACAGAAGCUAAUAUAGAUGUUGCAAAGCAUUACGCAACAAACAAAAAAGCACUCGCUGACUUCAUUAAAGACUAUAAUGGUGCAAUAAGUUAUGAUAGAAUUCAUGAGUUCAUAAAGCCGCAACGCGGCGAGGACGAAGUCCAUGCAAGAGCAUUUCCUUUAAAUGACAUUGCUAUUGACUUAUAUCAUAGACGUUCAGUACCUCAUGAAGUAAGAAGAGAAAUAUUUGACAUAACAAAUGCAAACGUUGGUGAAACAAGAAGAAGAGACGACACACUGAAACAACAGAGAAGAGAGAUGUUUAAAAGUGCUAUAGAACAAGUUCGCAAAGCUAACGAUGUCAUUCGUUCCAUUGACGACAAACCAAAAGAAGGUGAGAGAUGGUUAA